AUGGGUGUCAGUGCUGGCACAUUGGAAACAAUCACCUGUGGUGUUCUUAUCUCUGUCAAUGUGAUUGGAAAUAUGUUGUUGAUUUACUCCACAAAGAGAUGCAUCAGUGAGUAUUUGCGAACCUCAUUUAUACUUAUUUUCAGUCUUGCCAUGAUCCAUCUUGCAAACAAUUUGGUGAAUGCCUUGAAGAUUGUUGAUGCCUCUGAUGUUGGUUUGAAUUUGGUCCACUGCAAAAUCCUCAAGUUCACAACAAUUUUUACCACUUCUCUUGCCAUAUGGUUCACAUUAUAUAUUGCUUUGCUGUACUGUUUUAAGUUGUGUCGAGUGUUGCAUCCUCCAGCCGGAGCUGCAAGCACAACCCAUCGGAAGUGUCACUUGGUCCUAGUUUUUACUCUCUGGAUUACUGGAUUUGCAGUUUGCGCUCCAAUUUUACCAUAUACAGGAAGGACUGGAAACUUGAAUGUCGGAAAUGAAACUUUCCAGCAAAAUAGCAGUUUAAUCGAUGCUGGGAAAUAUGCUGAAUGCAAGACUGAGUACAGCAAUUACCGGACAGAGAUUUUUUAUGGAAGAAUAUUUCUAGUAGCAAUUGAUGCUCUCCCACUAAUAAUUAUCCUCCUUGUUAGUUUCCGAAUAUUACACCUCCUUUGGGAAUAUAAAAAGGCAACACAUGGUGGCAUAUGGUUUGGAGAUUAUACAAUUGAGGUCCUCAGAGCAUGUAAAGUUAUCUUGCCCUUAACAUUUCUUGUUACUUCACUCUGGAUUUCUCACUUUAUCCUAAUUUAUUGCCUGAAAGAUUUUCAUUCUAAUUACUUUGCACCACCAGUUCUGACAGUUCUGUCUUCAGGAUACUCUGCUACAAGCCCUUAUCUUCUUAUGCUGAUUAACUACAAAGUGCAAGUGAAGGUGCAGUCUUUCUGUUGUGAAAAGAAGUCCUCAUCUGUAUCUCCAUCUGUAUGUGUUUCUCCAUAUGCUUAG